AUUAGGGUUUUAUUGGAUUGGUUUGAAUCGAGUUGUUUGGGAGAAGGGAAGAUGGAAUCGAAGAUCCCCAAAUCCUAGGGUUUCAAUGAGGAAGCUUGCACUAUAGAAAGGUUCUGGGCUUGAGAAGUAGAAGAAGGAGGAGGCGAUGGAUGCGAAGGCGCAGAAGAAGGCCUUGUACCGUGCGAAGCUGAAGGAAUCUUCGCAGAAGCGCGAGAAGCGCAUUGAUUCCCCGCUUGUCAGGUACAAUGAAAAUGACCAAGCUGUUUGCAGAGUAUGCAAUGUUGUUGUGAAAUCUGAAUUGUUUUGGCCUGCACAUGAGGCUUCUCGAAAGCACCAUGAGGCUAUUGAAAUUUUCAAAGCUACUGCUGCUGGUGUGAACCGUGCUAAAAGUUCAAACAUUGAGCCACCGGUUGAAAAACAUAAUGCUCGAGCAUCAUCAACACUUCCAGCUGAUUUUUUUGAUAAUCAACAGACAAAGAAGCAAAAGAAGGACGAAAGCAAACCAGUUGACGAUGGGAACAAGGAAGGUCUCCCUGCUGUACAUGUUGCACAAGUUCCAGAAUCAGGCAAGAACUCAAGUAAGGUAUCUAAUCUCUUGACAGGGACAAAUAAACAAGGUGGCCUUUCUGAAAAUUUCUUUGAUAGCAAGGGAGGAAGUGAUGAUCUGGUUUCCGGCAAUGUUGUCCACACGCAAAUCAAGCAGACAGAAAAAGCUCUUCCUGUUGAUUUCUUUGAAAGCACAGGAAGGAGUGUCGCUGAUCACUCGAACCAACUUAUCAAAUCAUCAAAAAGUGUAGGAGGUGGUGCUGAAUCCAAACAAGUUAUGGGAGUCCUUCCUGAAGGAUUCUUUGAUAAUAAGGAUGCAGACCUCCGUGCUCGUGGCAUUGAACCAGUCAAGGUUGACAUAGAUGACGCCUACAAAGAAUUUGAGAAGGAAAUCCAAGACAAUUUGCAAGAAGUGGAUGAUCGUCUUGAAGAGGAAGAGAUUGAUGCUGCUGAUGUUCGGGAAGAGAUCGAGUCACUGGAGCAACAGGCGUACAGGGAACAAAUAGAAAAGGUGAAGAUACAGGUCUUGAGGGCGAAAGCUGCACAUAGUUCCAGGGAGCAAGAACGUCAAGCUUUUGCCAUGGACAAGAAGGAUUCAAGUGACGAUUCCUCUGGUGAAGGAGAAGAUGAUGGUGAUGAGGAGGAUGAUGACAAUUUUUCUGUGGAUUGGAGAGCACAACACUUGUAAGAAGAUUUUACUUAAGAAUUUUAUCUUCUCUAUUUGGUAUUCUGUGAUCAAAAUAUAAAAAGAUAGAAACAUCCUAACUUGUGAAUCUUGAA